AUGGCACGCAUCAAGACGCGCAUCCUCAUCAUAUCCGACACCCACGGACACACCCCCGCCUCCUCGCGCGCAUCCGCCGACCUCUCCCCCACCAGCGACUUCGCCGUCGCCGUGACGGGCUACCGGCUGCCUCUGCCCGCCGCCGACGUCGUCCUCCACUGCGGCGACCUCACCACGCGCAGCACGCCCCCUGAGCUGUCCCGCACCCUCAACAUGCUGCGGGGCCUCCGGGCGCCGCUCAAAAUCAUCAUCCCCGGCAAUCACGACCGUCUGCUCGACGCCGCGUUUUGGCACGACGACGCCGGCGGCUACAACGACCCCGAGUACCACACCGAAGCAUUGGAGCUCCUGCGAGCGGCCGAGGAGGACGAUGGCAUCGUGUACAUCGGCGGCCACAGCGAGGGCGCGCACACGUUCCCGCUCGCCAACGGCGCCGUGCUGCGCCUCUACGCGAGCCCCUGGACGCCCGAGUACGGCGUCUGGGGCUUCCAGUACCGCCCCGAGGACGGGCACGCCUUUGACAUACCCGCCGGAAUAGACAUUGCCAUGACGCACGGCCCACCCCGCGACGUGCUCGACCUCGCCGGCUUCGCGCUGCCGCAGUUCAACAUGCAGCCAACGCCCGCCGGCUGCCCGGACCUGUUUGCCGCCGUGGCGCGCGCCCGGCCGCGCGUGCACUGCUUCGGCCACAUUCACGAAGCGUGGGGCGCGUACCUCGCCCGGUGGAAGACGGGGGAUCAUGCCCCAGGGCCUGCCACGGCGGAGCAGGCCAUUGACGCGGCCCGGUCCAGGAGCAUCGUCGCGCUGGCGGACAUCAAGCCCAUGACGCAUCUGCACCCGCCGGCGACGCCGGCGCAGGUGGAGCAGCUGAUGGACUGGAGCGCCAAGAUGGGCGUGUCGAUUGACUGGGAGAAGGAGACUGGCGCAGCGGAUGAGGACGGCCGGGUCGGAGGCGAGCACACGCUGUUUGUGAAUGCGGCGAUUGAAGGGUACCGGCAGGAGCCGUCGCAGUUGCCGUUCAUUGUGGACAUGUUGUUAGACGAGGUGCCGCCGUCGAGCAGUUGA